AGCGCCGCCGCUCAUAACACCCGCGACCCCGCAGCUAAGCGCAGCUCCCAGCGCAAUGGACCCGGCGCUGGCAGCCCAGAUGAGCGAGGCUGUGGCCGAAAAGAUGCUCCAGUACCGGCGGGACAUAGCAGGCUGGAAAAUUUGCCGGGAAGGCAAUGGAGUUUCAGUUUCCUGGAGGCCAUCUGUGGAGUUUCCAGGGAACCUGUACCGAGGAGAAGGCAUUGUAUAUGGGACACCAGAGGAGGUGUGGGACUGUGUGAAGCCAGCUGUUGGAGGCCUACGAGUGAAGUGGGAUGAGAAUGUGACCGGUUUUGAAAUUAUCCAAAGCAUCACUGACACCCUGUGUGUAAGCAGAACCUCCACCCCCUCUGCUGCCAUGAAGCUCAUUUCUCCCAGAGAUUUUGUGGACUUGGUGCUAGUCAAGAGAUACGAGGAUGGGACCAUCAGUUCCAACGCAACCCAUGUGGAACAUCCGUUAUGUCCCCCGAAGCCAGGUUUUGUGAGAGGAUUUAACCAUCCUUGUGGUUGCUUCUGUGAACCUCUUCCAGGGGAACCCACCAAGACCAACCUGGUCACAUUCUUCCAUACCGACCUCAGCGGUUACCUCCCACAGAACGUGGUGGACUCCUUCUUCCCCCGCAGUAUGACCCGGUUUUAUGCCAACCUUCAGAAAGCAGUGAAGCAAUUCCAUGAGUAAUGCUAUCGUUACUUCUUGGCAAAGAACUCCUGUGACUCAUCGAGGAGCUCCAGCUGUUGGGACACCAAGGAGCCUGGGAGCACGCAGAGGCCUGUGUUCACUCUUCGGAACAAGCUGAUGGACUGCACAUCUCUGAGAAUGCCAGCCAGAGGCGGCAGCCCACCCUUCCUGCCUCCUGCCCCACUCAGGGUUGGCGUGUGAUGAGCCAUUCAUGUGCUCCAAACUCCAUCUGCCUGUUACCCAAACACGCCUCUCCUGGCAGGGUAGACCCAGGCCUCUAACCAUCUGACAGGGACUCGGCCUGGACACCAUGCGAUGCACUCUGGCCCCAGGCCUUUAUGUGCCCAUCACUCUCAGAGACCACGUUUCCCUGACUGUCAUAGAAAAUCAUCAUCGCCACUGAAAACCAGGCCCUGUUGCCUUUUAAGCGUGUACAGCCCCCUCAGUCCUGUGCUGCAGACCCCCAAAUAUAUUUUUCUGAUAUAGACCUUGUAUAUGGCUUUAAUGCUGCAAAAUAUUUUUUUUUUCCUUCAAAAAGGUGUCAACUUGGAAAAUAAUGGUUUAAAAACAGGAUAAGCAUUAA